AGAGCAAGGGUAUCUCGCUUCUGCUUUCUUCAUACACUCUCUCUCUCCCUCUCCAUUGGCUACACACUUUCUUCUCCCUUACAUAAGUAUCUUUGGGAGAAUGGAAGGAGAAGGGACAUCCGCACCAAACGAAAAGAAAGGAAAAUUCGAAAGAAUAUGUGUUUUCUGUGGCAGUAAACCAGGACAUAAGGCUGCAUUUAGUGAUGCAGCUCUCGAGCUUGCUAAACUAAUGGUAGAUAGGAAGAUUGAUUUGGUUUAUGGCGGAGGAAGCGUAGGUUUAAUGGGCUUGAUCUCUCGGACAGUAUUUAAUGGAGGUUGCCAUGUUCUUGGAGUGAUUCCUAAAGCUCUUUUGCGUCAUGAGAUAUCAGGAGAGGCCAUCGGGGAAGUAAAAAUAGUUUCAGGUAUGCACCAAAGGAAGGCGGAAAUGGCAAAACAUGCCGAUGCUUUCAUCGCACUUCCCGGUGGCUAUGGGACCAUGGAAGAAUUGCUAGAGAUGAUAUCAUGGUCUCAACUUGGAAUCCAUGACAAGCCAGUGGGGUUAUUGAACGUAGAUGGGUAUUAUGACGGCUUGCUUGCCUUAUUUGAUAAAGGAGUGGAAGAGGGUUUCAUAGAGGAGUCAGCAAGCCAUAUCUUGAUCAUUACAAACACAGCAGAAGAACUCGUAAAGAAAAUGGAGGAGUAUGCGCCAGUCCGUAACAAGGUAGAACGCAGACAAAGCUGAGAAAUGGGCCCAUUUUAUUACACUACUCCAAGUGGGGGAAGCCUUAAGACCUUAGAUCUUAAUCAUCCAUCUGUAUAUAUUUAUUUAUAUACCCUAUAUGUGCUGGAGCCUGGGCCCUGGAGUAGUUCUGUUUGAAUAAAAAAACAAAAAACAAAAAAGAGGACAGCAAAA